CUUGGAUCGAGCCUCUGCAAGCUCUUGCAGACCUCAAUCUCUCACACAAUGGUGCGUGUACGUCUCUGCCGCCUCGGAGAUUCUCAAUUGCCCUCGCGGGAGCACUGAAAAAUCGCCUCGGCAAUUUGGCAAUAUAUAGCACAUUGAAUCGCCUCGCUGAUCUCCACGUCCACAAAUUUGGCCGUUUCUCGCUUUCAAACCGAGACUCUCGUUUCCUCUGUCUUCUCUCCUUGCACCCUUUGGCUGACACCCUUCUCCAUGUUGUCUCGCUCCGUCCUUCGCCGCGCCGCACGGGUGCGCCUGUCCCCAGCUGCGCGCCCAUCCCCCCGCAGGCAUGCCUCCUCCGCCGCGGCUUUCAGAUGGGAGGACCCUCUCAACCUGUCAAACUUUCUGACCGAGGAAGAACAAGCGAUUCAAGAAACGGCGCACUCUUACUGCCAGGAGCGCCUGCAGCCCAGAGUUUUGGAAGCUUACCGCAAGGAAGACUACGACAAAACAAUCUUGCAGGAAAUGGGCGAGCUAGGUCUACUGGGCGCCACGAUAAAGGGCUACGGAUGUGCUGGCGUGAGCAACGUCGCCGCCGGGCUGAUAACGCGAGAGGUGGAAAGAGUAGACUCGGGGUACCGAUCAGGCAUGUCCGUCCAAAGCUCCCUGGUCAUGGGACCCAUAGAUGAAUUUGGGACCCAAGAACAAAAGGACAAAUACCUGGAGAAGCUGGCCAGAGGCCAACUGGUCGGCUGUUUCGGCUUGACGGAGCCCAAUCACGGCUCCGACCCAGGUUCGAUGGAGACGACUGCGAAGCCGCACCCGUCGAAGGAGGGAUACUUCUCGCUGUCGGGGUCCAAGACAUGGAUCACCAACUCGCCCAUUGCAGACGUACUGCUUGUCUGGGCGAAGUUGCAAGAAACGGGCAAGAUCAGGGGAUUUUUGGUUGAGAGAGCCAAGUGUCCGCCGGGUACGCUCGAGACGCCAGCUCUGAAGGACAAAAACGGCCUUCGAGCGUCGAUAACGGGCAUGAUCCAGCUCGACGAGUGUCCCGUCCCGAAGGAGAAUAUGUUUCCGGAUGUUGAGGGUCUCAAAGGUCCGUUCGCGUGCCUCAACUCGGCACGGUAUGGUAUCGCUUGGGGAACAAUGGGUGCCCUGGAAGACUGUAUCAGCCGGGCGAGAGAAUAUGCCCUGGAGAGGAAGCAGUUCAAGAACAAUCCAAUCGCCAAGUAUCAGCUCGUUCAAAAGAAACUGGCCGACGCCCUCACGGAUGCAGCUUUUGGACUUGCCGCAGCAUACCAAGUUGGCCGUCUCAAGGACGAGGGCAAGGUCACUCCAGAAAUGAUUUCGAUGAUCAAGAGACAGAACUGUGAUCGGGCGUUGGUGAACGCCAGGCUCCUUCAGGAGAUAUUCGGCGGGAACGCCGUCAGCGAUGAAUACCACAUCGGCCGCCAUGUUGCGAAUCUUUUCGUGACGCAGACGUACGAGGGACAGAGCGACAUCCACGCCUUGAUCCUAGGCCGGGCCAUUACCGGAUUGCAGGCCUUUUGCUAAGGAGGACGAAUCGACCGAGGUAGAAUCUAAUCCGCCGCGCCGUCCUGGUCAAGUUCGCAUUUUGUCUUGUCCUUGGACGAGCACACGCAGCUCUUGCUCUCUGAACUACGGCUCGGUCCAGCCCCAGCAAGCGAGCCUCAAUCUCGUCUUCUACCCGUUUUCUCGUGAUCAUGGUCGCCACCUGGCUAUCUGGUAGCAACACGAUGGAAACGAGUCGUCAUCACCAGCGCGUUCUAGAUCAUUCUCGACAACUCAGUCCGCAGAAGAGCUGAGCUGUCGCCUGAGCCCUACCGAGCACGGUCCUAACUGCACGCUUUGGUGCUUGUGAUCGCAACGCCACCCGUUCUUCAAGGCAUGUCUGUUUCAGUACUUGUACAGCAAAACACUGGAUAUUGUUAAGCCAUGGAACAAGAUAAGUUAAAUUUCGACGGCCACGCCUGGUUUCCGGAGAUGGUCGAAGGGAGAAAAAGUUAAAAGCAUCUGCGGCGUGGAAAUGACAUGUUACUCUCCGGGAGAAAACCUUCGUUCUUCAUGUUCAUUCUUGUAUAGCACCGUGUAUGACAUAGUGUCAUGACUGCCA